ACCUCAUCUCUCUUCACCCAUCCCACCUUGGAGGCACCCUCACCAGCUCUACCUCCUCCCAUCCGCACCCGCUUGCCAGACGACACGAUGGAGGACCCCAAGAUCAAGGAACUCCUCACCAAGUCGCGGAACGAGCUCACCGAGUACGAGAUCGCCCAGCUCGAGGAGCACGAGUUCUCGGCCGGGCCCCUCUCCAUCCUCCAGACCGCCGUGCGCGAGCGCAUCCAGGUCCUCAUCUCCAUCCGAAACAAUCGCAAGCUGCUCGCACGCGUCAAGGCCUUCGACCGGCACUGCAACAUGAUCCUCGAGAACGUCAAGGAGAUGUGGACCGAGACGUCCAAGACGGAAGGCGGCAUGACCAAGUCGGUCAACAAGGACCGCUUCAUCAGCAAGAUGUUCCUGCGAGGCGAUAGCGUGAUUCUGGUGCUGCUCGCAUAGUCUUCCAGAGCGCGGGGCGUGGCGGGGUACUUUUGGGAUGUUACUUCUUGCUUGGUUUGUAUCUCGAACACAUACACUACGGUCUGUCUCGAGGGCGAGACUUUGGGACGAAUAGGCGUUGAAAACACUGCUUUGAGAAUGACUGAACAGCGCCGGAUGCCUUCACUCACGUGGGUGGCCGCACCAAUUUCGUUACCAUUUUGAUUGGGUCUCGGACAUUGCAUGGGCGAUUCUACGCGACGCGCAAUACAUAAACACACAUGCGCACACGCACACACAUCUAUUGCGAUACCUACUGUCCGGCAAGCCCCUGGAAAAAGCACGAAAGACCCCAGGCGCCCGGGUCUGGCACCUCCUCGUACCCGCUCCCGCCCACGUACACGGUCCGGCCGAGGCUCGCCUGCAUGCCCUUUGUCUCGUCGGCGGCCUUGCGCGCCGCAGACGCCGCCUCGCGCACGUCGCCGGUCUGGCCGAGCACCUCGACGAAGGGGUACAGCGCGUCCACGAGCGUCCUGUCGCCGGGCCGCGCGGGCGUGUACCGCGAGAGCGCGUCGCACGACUGCUUGAGCGCCGCGGCCCAGACCUGGGGGCUGGCAUCGCCGGCGGAGGCGGUGCGCAGCGCGUGGACCAGGGCGUUGAGGAAGAUGGCGUACAGGGCGCCCGACGUGCCGUCCAUGGUGUUUUCCACCACGGGCACGAUGGAGGCGACGUCGACGACGGCGUCGCCCGUCAGGGGCUUAUCUUUGAUGUGCUUGAGAAUAGCUGUGCGAACUGUCAGCAUUGAAGCUCGGCUUACGGGGUCGUGUGUCAUGUCAUGUCAUCUUCUUACCUUGGGCGCCUCGCUUGAGUCCAAUGCCGCAGUCUCCAUCACCAACCACUGUGUCGUACCUCGUAACCUCGGGCUCCGCUGCGAUGACGCUCUCCAGUGCUCUCGUCAGCACCGUCGUGGCCGCCGCAGCGUCCGUCUUGAGCCCGCUCGGCUGGACCUCUUGGCCGGCGCCGUCGUCGGCGUCGCGCGUGGCUGUGUUGCGCGCCUCCCACGUCUCCUUGCGGACGGGCGCGGCCCAGCCGGCCACCUCGCUCGGCGCGUCCAGCAGGUCGACCAUGUUGAC